AUGAUGCAAACAACGGCGCCGCCAUCAUCAACGGCACUAUUGUCUUCAAAUACUACUUCAUCUCAUGCAGAUGAUCAAUCCACACAAAAAUCAAUCGGAAUCAUCAUUCCACCUCCUUCAUUGAAAAGAACGAUUGAAGUAACAGCGGAUCACGUCUCAAAGAAUGGUGUGCAUUUCGAGAAAAAAUUACUUUCCUCCGAUAAUGCAUCGACAUUUAAUUUCCUUCUCCCAGAGAAUCCCUAUCACAAAUAUUACAAACAUGUACUCGAUAAAAAGUUUAAGAAAUUGGAGGAAGAAUUUAUGGAUGAAGACAAUGUAGAAGAUGAAGCUGAUGCGGAGGAAGGAUUGAUAAAAUCCGAAAAGAUGGGAGACAUCAAUAUUGGAAAUAUUUCGAAAGGAGCCUCUGUAACAUUCCAUUUGAAUAGAUCACGAGAAAAGCCAACAAAGGAUCCCUUUGAAUAUUUCUAUGAUACUACAAUACCGUCAUCUGUAAAGGCUUUUGAGUUGGAUGUUAUUAAAUUAACAGCACAAUAUGUGGCCAUGAACGGAAAACAAUUUCAAUUCGAAAUAGCAAGUGCAGAAAGCAAGAAUCCACAAUUCGAUUUUUUAAAGCCUAAUCACCGACAUUUUCACUUUUUCAGCAAGCUUGUCGAUAUAUAUACCAAAGUAUUAUUUCCUGACCGAUUGACACCCAUGGAAAUUCAGAAAUUAAAUCAAAAGGAUGCCAAUAAUAUGAGUAAUAAUCCAUCCACACAAGACACCAAUCAAGUUAUCAAAGUCAAAGACGAAGAUCACAUUUACAAGUAUUUAAACUUGUUUGCAAAUCCGGAAAACAAGUUGGCUGUACUGGAUUUGCUCUUCCAAAAAGCAGAGUGGGAGAUGAUGCAAGAAGAAAAACAGAGAAGAGAGCAACUCGAAAAGGACGAAAAAUCUGUGUUUGACAUGAUUGACUGGAACGAUUUUAUUGUGGUGGAAACUAUUGAUUUUGAUGAAGAUGUGAAUGAAAUUGAGAUUGAGGAAGAAGAAGCAGCAGAGGAUGAAACUAUGGAUGAAUAUGUGGACUUGUACAAUCCUGAGGAAGAAGAGGAAGCACAUCUUGAUGAGAGAAUGAUCAUGACAGAGAAUGAUCAAGAACAACAACAGUACCAUGAAGAGGAGGUGGAGCUUGAAGAAGAGACUCCCAUGUUUCCAGCAGGUUUUAUGGACGAAGGAAUUGCACACUCGAAGCAGACGCAGCGUGUUCCUCGCACACCUUCAUCCAUCGUCACACAACACGAAGAAGAAGAGGAAGAAGAAGAAGAAAUUGACCUCAGCAAAUUCGCAAGAGCCUCCUAUCAACCACAAAAAGGCACUGCUGCCAAAGGUACAACAGCUCCUCUCAUGCUUGUAGAUCGAAAGACAGGUGAGCUCAUCCCUGCCGAUAAAGCCCAUAAGCACUUGAAGGUCUCUACCAUUAAUCCUCAAUACUUUGAACAGAAGGAACGAGAAAAGUUGAAACGAGAAAAGACCAAUAUUGCUCCAGGUGCUGAGAUGACCAAAAUUAUUGCUUCAUGGAACGAGGAAGGAAGUGACACACAUAUCACUCCCGCAGCUACGGGUGGAGCACCAUCAUCGGCUACCACUGGAAGCUCCUCCUCCGAACCAAUCAUUUGGGACGGCUAUACAUCGAGUCUUCAAAGAACAGCCUCAGCAGCAAAGGCCAUAGCCUCAACCACAACAAACAUACGGAAAGAGCAGCCAAGCAAUAUUGUUGGUCCCCAAAUACCCACCGAAUACUUUAGGCAAGAGCAAGAGAGGCAACAGGAAAUUGCUCAAAUUGCAGCAACACUAGCUCUUAAGGAAGUGAUGAAGCAAGCUCAUCAAGCCUCAUUUGAAGAAACCGAAAGCAAAAAGCCAAAAUACACCCACUCCAGCGAUCCGAAUACUAUGAAUGACGACAAUGAGGAUGAACAUAAUGAAUAA